CUCCUGACGCUCAGGCUGCAUCGUGGGGACACUGCACGAAGCCGCCUGGCUCUCACUGUCACCCGCUGCGCGUACUUAGCGCCGAUAGGAGCACGCGAGGCUGGACAACUCCGCACAGUUAACUGUGCAGCGCACUGAGACUCUGUGAAGCUUGUGGAUAGUUGACGUGUACAACGUCGGAUCACGUCUACGCAUACGUGCAUGUGGUUCUGUUUUGAUUACUCUGCCUCAUUUAACCUGGGAAGCAUUUGGCUCUGGACGCUGUUGUUCGCAAAACAACUCCUUGAACAUUUGCGUGCCGACUUCAGCUCCACUUAACCCUGUACGUGUGGCCGGCAUGGAGCAGCUCUAAUGUAAUUACAAUGGCCUGUAAGCCUUUGUCUUGCAGCCCGUGUCAUCCGGUCCCAAGUUUGUUUUAACAAAGAUCCCCCACUCGGUCUCUCCUCCGCGCGUCAAGUCGCUUUUUACGCACGAGCAAUGGGCUCGGAGAAGCCCAACUUUUUGUCGCAGCCGGUGGUGAAGAACGUUUUCAUGUUCCGCAACGGUGACCCGCACUACGAUGCUCGCCGGAUAGUGAUUAACCAAAAGAGGGUGUCCAACUUCGACACGUUGCUGAGCGAGGUGUCCGGCGGGGUCCAGGCCCCGUUCGGAGCGGUGAGGAACAUCUACACGCCCAGAGGAGGCCACAAGGUGGACUGUCUGGAGAGCCUGCGGAGCGGGGAGCAGUACGUCGCAGCCGGGAGGGAGAGGUUCAAAAAGCUGGAUUACAUCCACAUUGGAUCUAGAAAGAGGAGGUUGCUGCAGACUCUUCCGAUGCAUGCCAAACCGCUGCCACCGACUCGAAUCAUUGUGUCGGCUCGAUUCCUGAAGCCCAUCAAGGAGCCAUGUACAAUAUUCGUGGUAGCCAAUGGCGACGUGCUGAACCCUUCAGUGAGGCUGCUGAUCCACCAGAGGAUGCUGGGCCAGUUUGAACGGAUAUUAGAGACGAUCACAGAGAAGAUGGGUCUGAAAGUCCUGGGGGGUGUUCGAAGUCUCUUCACCUACGAAGGCCACCAGGUGACUGAAGGGAGUCAGCUGGAGAGCGGUCAGCUGUAUGUGGCUGUAGGAAGAGACAGGUUUAAGAAGCUGCCGUACAGUGACCUACUCUUCAGCAAGCCAAGAGGGACCAGGAGGUUGAAUGGAGUGAAAGCUUACUCUCUCCCACCUAUCUACAGAUUCUCCAAGCAAAAUGGAAACAGCAAGUCCAUAGUCCGGUGCAGUGAUAGCAGAGAUGGAGAUUUCAAGGCGUCCCCUCCGGGCCACAAUGGAAACAGCAAGGAACACCUGUCGUCCAUCGUCAGAGAAAUCUCUCAAGCCAGACUCUUCUCUCUCAGGAAGAAGAGGAGCGGACAGAGCAUGACCCUCACCGUCUCUGACAACGAUGACCAGGAAUCAAAGGCUGAUGAUGGAAACACUGAUGACAAAGCCCCUCAAGAGCAGCCGGCUGAAGAGAAACCUGCAGAUGAUGAUUCAAUAGCUGCGGAGGAGAACAGCGAAAAGUCAGAAGAGCAGAAACCUCCAGACGAAGAUUCAGAAGCUGCAGAGGAGAACAGCGAAAAGUCAGAAGAGCAGGAGGAAGCUGCUGCUGAGAACACCAAAGAAGAAGAAGUCGAAGAGGAUGCUUCUGCCAGCAAAGCAGAUCAGGAGGAAAACCAGGUGACAACCGGUGAAGAAGAGGGGGAUGAAGAAAAGAAGGGAGAUGUAGAGCCAAGUGAAAAAGAGGAUGAAGCAACAGCAGAACAUGAAGAGAAAGAGGACGAGGUAAAAAGAGAAGCGGCAGAGGAGGUCACGGACAAGAGCAAGGAGGAGGUCAAGAGCAAGGAGGAGGUCGAGAGCAAGGAGGAGGUCGAGAGCAAGGAGGAGGUCGAGAGCAAGGAGGAGGUUGACAGCAAGGAGGAGGUUGACAGCAAGGAGGAGGUUGAGAGCAAGGAGGAGGUUGAGAGCAAGGAGGAGGUCGAGAGCAAGGAGGAGGUUGACAGCAAGGAGGAGGUUGACAGCAAGGAGGAGGUUGAGAGCAAGGAGGAGGUCAAGAGCAAGGAGGAGGUUGAGAGCAAGGAGGAGGUCGAGAGCAAGGAGGACGUCAAGAACAAGGAGGAGGUCGAGAGCAAGGAGGAGGUUGAGGCUGAGGAGCAGAGGUCCAGCGGUAGCAACAGUGAUAAGAGCCAGGACAGUGCAGAGAAAGAGGAUGGAAGUCAUGCAUCUUCUGACGGUGAAAAGGACGAGCAGGGCAACAACGCAGAAGAGGAGGAGCAAGAUAAAGUCAGCGAAGAGGGGGAGAAAAACAGCAAGGACGAGAAUAAUGAUGUAGACGCAGAGGAGGAACAGACGGCGAUGGAGAACGACAGCGACCCAGAGAAGACUCAGUCAGAUAACAAGACAAAAGACGGCGAUAAAGACCAAAGCAGCAGUGGCAACAGUAACCAGGAGGAAGAUGUGAGCGAGACAAAAGAGGGGGCCACCGAAGGGUCAGGGGAAGAGGAGAGGAAGGAGAAGGGAGAGGUCGAGGGAGCAGGAGAUGAUGAGCUGGAGAGCGAAUUGGAGCUGGACACAGAGGACACAAAUUCAGCCGGACCCAAGGAUACGGCAGCAAACGGAGAGACAGGGGAAUGUGAUGAAGAGAAGGAAGAGGAGGAAAGAGAAGGAGGAGGAUUAGAAAAGAAGGAGAAAAUGUGAAAGUUGAUUGGGUUGAGCGGUGCUGAAGAUCCGAAGCAAUGUUUUACAGUGUGUAAAAUUGCAAAUGCACGGAAGGCAAAGCACGACAGGACUGCAGACAUAUUUACUAGAUGGCCUUGUAGAAGUCGCCCUGAAAAGAUAAUGAUUUGACAUCGCAGAGCAAUAUAAUCUUUGAAAUGCUGACAGUGAAAUAUAGUUUGAGAAAGUUCAGGUAAACGGUUUUAUUUAUAACUAACGAUUCAUUUAUCCAUGUCUGAAAGCAAUAAACAACAAAUACAAACUCUAAAAAUAUACUUUUAUUUUCCAUUUACAAGUGCUGUGAACUUCUGAGCUGCUUUACACAGUGAACACGGUAGUGAGGGAUGCAGGGAAAUUUAAAUAUACAUGUUAUCAUUACAUUUUUAAAUCCAAUAAUAUAAGUUUACUCACAGGUAUAAUCCUGUUAGCUGCUUGUUUCAAAAUGUUAUUUUUUUGUAUGUAUGGUGUUUUUGUCCCAGUGCACGUGAGCUUUUUAAGUGAGUUCAACGAGCUGUGUGUGAUUCUGCAUGUGUCUGAAUGUAAAGCUCUAUAUGUUAUGUGAUAAGGAAUGUCACUGGGAAGUCUUCUUUAUAAAGCUGUUCCUUUUUGUUCCACUUAAUUUGUAUUUAUUUUUCUUCUACCAAAU